CAUGUUACAGUUGUAAUAAGAUUCAACAACCCAGAGGUAGAGCUGCAACACUUAAAAAAGAAAAAAGAAAAAAGUAUAGAAAUCUAUCAGCAGUUGGAACAUGGGACUUUUUAGCAGGUUAAAAUUGUUAAACAACAAAAAACAACCGCAUAGGCUUAGUACUGUACCAAGAGGUCAAAAUAGCUGCUGCUGUUGCCUCUCUGCUGAUACUACCUCAGACAGUCAAGUUGUCUCCAAGGGUCAACACACAUCAGAAAAGCAAAUCAUACAUCAUCUCCAUCUUUGGAUUCCUGAAAUACAGCAUAACUUAUCAAAAAUACAGUCAGGCAUGGUUUAUCAGACUACAGAGCUUCUUCUAGCUCAGAAGGAAGAAUCAGUAGAUGAUACUCCUGCUAAUUCAUCAAAAGUUAAGCUCAGUGAUGGAAGAUAUCUGGCUUACAGGGAGCAAGGAGUCCCCAAGAACAAAGCCAAUUACAAGAUUAUUCUUGUCCAUGGCUUUGGAAGCUCAAAAGAAAUGAACUUUUUGGCACCUCAAGAUCUAAUAGAGGAGUUGGGAAUAUACUUUCUGCUGUUCGAUCGAGCUGGCUAUGGAGAAAGUUCUCCAAACCCAAAACGAACUGUAAAGAGUGAAGCACUUGACAUUGAAGAACUUGCUGAUCAGUUGCAGAUAGGAUCCAAAUUUUAUGUGAUAGGAGUUUCAAUGGGAUCAUACCCUAUCUGGAGUUGUCUCAAAUAUAUACCACACAGGCUAGCUGGUGCAGGACUAAUUGUCCCAGUUAUCAAUUAUAAAUGGCCUUCUCUUCCGAAAAAUUUGAUCAAAGAUGAUUACAGGAAGAAUCUCAUCCAAUGGGCACUCUGGUUCUCAAGGCAUGCACCUGGACUUUUACAUUGGUGGGUUACUCAAGAUUGGAUUCCCACAAAUUCUGUCCUGGAAAAGAACCCAUUUUUCUUUAGUGCUCAAGAUUUAGAAAUCUUAAAGAGGAUACCAGGAUUCCCAAUGUUAACCAAGGAUAAGUUAAGAGAACAAGGAGUUUUUGAUACCUUACGCGGUGACUUCAUGGCAGGUUUUGGAGAUUGGGAGUUUGAUCCUAUUCAGCUAAAAAAUCCAUUCCCUCAAAAUGAAAGCUCUGUUCACAUCUGGCAAGGUUAUGAAGAUAAGGUUGUGCCAUAUCAACUUCAAAGAUUUAUAUCAGGAAAACUACCCUGGAUUCGGUAUCAUGAAGUACCUCACGGUGGACAUCUAAUAGUACAUUACAAGGGUUUAUGUGAGGCUGUUUUGAGGUCACUUUUACUUGGAGAAGAACCUCAAAAACUAGAACAAGUGCAUCCUUAAAUUGCUCCUUAAUUUGUCACAUAAUCAUUUCUUGAUUCAAAAUGUGCAUUAUUUUUUCUCUUCAUCUCUUUAAGUAGAUUAAAUUUAGAAAAUGUAAACAUGUGUCGAAUUCCAUUUGUCAUCUGAAAGAUUGGAGUGAAUAUGAUUCUUUCUUCUGUGUGUACAAA